AUGACGGAGGGCAGCGGGGACGCCUCUCGUGUGAGGUGUGACCGGGUGGACGAUCUGCUCGGCCUGGUGGGAGAGCUGAAGGAGGAAGCGGAAAGGUUGAGGAGCAUCAGGGAGCGUGAGAGGGAGAUAGAUUGGUAUGGGGCUCUGGAACCUGAGGAGCAGGCCAGUGAAGAUCAGGGUAAGCUGGCGUCUCAUGGCUUGGGUAAGCGUACUCUUCUCCUGGGGGAGACGCCAGGGGCAUCGGCACCCUGGCCCGGGUCUCGCUGCGUGCAGGGCGGCGGGCGCAGGGCCGGAGAGGGAGCCCCUCUCUUCCCUCUACCUCCCGCCCCUGCCUACAGCUCUCCCCGCUCUUGUUCUUCAUCGGGUGCAGCUGCUGCCGCCUCCCACUGCCAGCUGGAGGGCGAGGAGAAGGAAGCCCUCGACUGCUUCUUGGCCUUUCUCCACAGCACCGGCAGGGAAGAGGCCUCGAAGCGGAGGUUUCUGGCCGCCAUCCGCACGCUCUGCGGAGCCUGGCUGCGGGGCAGGUACCGGCCCAGUUCCUCGUCGGCACGUGAGCUGCUGGAGAAAAUAGAGCUACUGCGGCGAAAGGAGGCCCCUCGCAGCACAGACGCCGUGAUGUGGCAGCAAGCCGUGCUUGCCGUCGCUGCCGUGAGCGAAGAGAAGGAAGGCCUGCUGGCACAGCACCUCUGCCCCUGCCUCCACAGCAUCUUCCACCUUCCUCCAGCGCAGCAGACGGACAGCGAACGUGCUUCGCUCGAUGCUGAGAUCCUGAGAACUCUGGACAGCGUGCUGGAGGUGCUGAUGCACGGCGCUCGGCUGAGCUCCAGCGACGUGACAGUGGAGAGGAUCUUGCAGGUCCUGCUGCCCUUCAUGGCAUCCCAGGAAGUGGCUAGGCGCCGGAGGGCUGUGGGGAGGGUUGUCCGCCUGAGCCAGAUCUGGAUGUCCUCUUUGAUGCUGGAGGCCGUGCCCUUCAGGAAGGGCAACUUCUUCCUCUUCAGAGAGAAGCCGGUGGAAUUCCUGGGGCAGCUGAUGGGGCACGUCGCUCUGUCCUGUGCCGAGGAGGACCGCGAGAUCAGCUGCGCGGCUGCGGAGGCGCUCGGUGCCUUGCACAGCUUCGUUCUGCUGCGACAGGGCUGCCAGGCAGCACGGGAGGAUCGAGAGCUACCAACGCAGCGGGAAAGCGCUAGCACUAUCUGGCCCAAGGAGCCCGCUGACGAGACGACGGUGUUUGGGAGCUUCCUCCUCCCGAAGGAGAGGAGCGACUUCCUCCUGACCGUCUUGAGCAACAUGGUGCACCCCAGGGUCUCUGACGCCCAGACGGUUGCCAACGUGCUGGAGGUGGUCUUGAGACACUCGUGCUCGGAGCUGGUGGAGGUGGAAGAGAUCACGCAGACCAUCCACGUGCAGCUGGCGCACCUCAGCCGGAAGCCGCUCCAGGACAUCCUGAGGACGACCCUCGUCCAGGUGGCCCACCUGAACCCUCGGAAGGUGACCGCCGGCCUGCUGCGGGCUUCCCCGCACUGUGACAGCACUGCCAGGGCCAUGUGGAGGAUCCUGGCCUCUGAGCCCUGCCUGGCGGACAGCGUGCUGAGGAGGCUGCUGCUGCAGCAGGAAGACGCCAGCCAGCGCGGCGACACGGGAGAAUGCAGCCGCUGCCGUUUCCUGGCUGUAGCUGGUGCCAUGCACGAGAUCUUCGUGGUGCCCUCCAGCCGAGACUGCGUGCGCGUACUUGUCGACGAGCUCUUCGUGGCCGUGGUCCUCCAGCUCUCCUUCAGCUUGAAGAGCCCGGGGCGGGGCUGCUGCACCGCUGGCAGCCGGAGCAGGGAGGCCAGCCAUCCUCCAGUCCGCCCCAUCAGGAGCACGGUGAGCACCAUGCAAGCCCUGUUCCACUGCCUGGGCGGUGCCUCCCUGGCCGAAGACAUCGGGAGGCAGGGCGCCUGGGACGCGCUCAUGAGCCCCGAGACCUACCCCACCGGUAUUGCCGCGCUGACGAGGUGA